AUGUCAGAAAUUUUGAAGGGAACACUAGCAGAAAAAAUUUUAAUUGAUGACUAUGAUGUUCCUGAUUGGCUUUUGACCCAGAUCCUUCUACGCCUGCCAGUUAAACACAUCUUCAUGUAUAAAUGCGUCUCCAGGAGAUGGUUCACACUGAUUUCUGAUCCUUUUUUUGCCCGCUCUUAUGCCACUAGAAUCAACGAUAGCUUAUCUUUGUCUACAUCUCAACCAUGGAACCUUCUUUUCCGUUACUUGUUCGAAGUAAGAAUUCUUCCAUCUAGCAUGAUAGAUGAACGUGUUGCUCUGAAACAAUUCCAGGAUUUCUCAUUGCCAGGAUUUUCAUUAAACUACCUUCCUUCUGAACAGGAUUGCCCAAUAAAGAUCCUGGCAUCGAGUAAUGGUCUGUUGUUAUGUUCUGAAAGCUUUUACUGGCAGAAAAAUUACUACAUCUGCAAUCCACUUAUCAGGCAAUGGAUUGCUCUCCCCAAACCUCUCCAAGCCUUACAAUCCGUUGCAAUUGGUUUCAUCAGCAAAAAUGACCGCUUCAACGUGGUUCGGAUUCCAACAGCUGAUAACUCAUCCAACAUUUUACAAUUGGAAACUUUCUCUUCCGAGACUGGCCAAUGGCACUGCUCAAUGGUACACUGCCCCGUUCCUGACUAUUACAUUAAGACGGAUUGUCCAGUUGUGCAUUACAAUGAUCGUUUACAUUGGCUAGAGUUUCGCCACAGCAAAAUCCUUACAUACAAUCCUGACGAAGAAACAAGCCAACUCCAGUUUAUGAACUUGCCUAAUGGGAAAGAAAGUGAGCACCUAUCACUCCUGGGUGUGUCUCGUGGACAUUUUCGUUACUUUGAGGUGACUGAUACAUGUCAAGGACCACGCAAUUUAUGCGUAUGGGUUCUUUCAGACAAUGAUGCUCAAGAAUGGUGUCUGCAAUAUAGGAUUAGAUUUUCUGAUUCUUGGUCUGAUCAGGAUGAACUCAAUAAAUUUAUACCCAAAUAUAAUUUCUUCAUUUUCCCUCUGGCUCUACACCCUCAUGGUUUUGAUAUAGUCUAUCUGGGUUAUGGAGGUUGCCUGGUUUCAUAUAGCCUUGGGACAAGGAAACUGGAAGUAGUUCGUCGGAACUUCUACUCUCAUCAACUGCUUGUUUUUGUGCUCCCACCAUGGCCAAGAAGGAUUCCUCAACCAUCUUGGUAAUACAUUCAAACUUAGAUUUUCAGUUUAGAAGUUUCACAUUCGGAUUUCAGAAAGAGAGUAAUAAGCUUUAGGAGAGGAAAAAGAAUUUCUUCCCCUCCCAUGUAAUUCAGUAGGUUUUCUCAUACAACUGAAACAUGAAUUACGGAGAAGUUAUUAAUUGUGAUGUUGAUGUUUUCCAUCUCUGCUGAAAAAGGAUAGCAUCCAUUUUUAUGAGAAACCCCAUUGUUGUAAAUCUUGAAU